CUGGUCUCAUCGACCCGCGAGCUCAGAGCCCCGCAGCAGCGUUUCUAUGAGGUUAAAGACAGAUUUCACAGGUAUGAUGUGCUCAUUUCUCAUAUCUCCUUUCCUCUCCAGGUAUUUGGUGAUUAUUAUCACUUCCGGCAUCGCACAGUGACAAAGAGAUCGCUGUCAGAUCACAGGGGAACACAAGUCCGUCUACAAAAAGAUCCCAAGGUGACCUGGGCAGAGCAACAGGUGGCAAAGCGGAGGAAAAAGAGGGAUAUCUUCGAAGACCCUUCUGAUCCAAAGUACAGAGAGCAGUGGUACCUGUACAACAGCAACCACCGUGACUUAAACGCAAAAGCUGCGUGGGAGUUGGGCUACACGGGCAAAGGUGUGGUGGUGUCCAUUUUGGACGACGGAAUAGAGAAGGGCCACCCCGACCUGAUGCAGAACUAUGACCCGGAUGCCAGCUAUGAUGUGAAUGAUGGUGACCCAGAUCCACAGCCUCGAUACACGCAGCUUAAUGAUAACAGACAUGGAACACGAUGUGCAGGAGAGGUGGCAGCCGUGGCCAAUAAUGGGAUCUGCGGAGUCGGCGUGGCCUACAAUGCUAAAAUAGGAGGCGUGCGUAUGCUGGACGGUGAGGUGACCGACAUGGUGGAGGCCCAGUCUCUCAGUCUGAAUCCCCAACACAUCGACAUCUACAGCGCUAGUUGGGGCCCAGAGGAUGACGGCAAAACGGUGGAUGGACCUGCCAAACUUGCGAAGGAAGCCUUUCUGCGGGGAGUCACUGAGGGUCGUAGCGGUUUGGGCUCCAUCUUUGUGUGGGCUUCUGGGAAUGGAGGAAGAGAGAAAGACAGCUGUAAUUGCGACGGCUACACCAACAGCAUCUACACGCUGUCCAUCAGCAGCUCCACACAGAACGGCAACGUUCCCUGGUACAGCGAGGCCUGCUCCUCCACCCUCGCCACCACUUACAGCUCGGGGAACCUCAACGAGAAACAGAUAGUGACGACAGACCUGAAAUCAAAGUGCACAGACUCACACACUGGCACCUCUGCCUCCGCCCCGCUGGCUGCUGGGAUCAUUGCUCUCGCCCUUGAAGCCAACAAAAACCUGACCUGGAGGGACAUGCAGCAUCUGGUUGUACGAACCUCUCACCCCGCUCACCUGCUUGCCAGCGACUGGCGAACCAAUGGGUUCGGACGCAAAGUCAGUCAUUCAUAUGGAUACGGUCUGCUUGAUGCUGGGGCAAUUGUAUCGCUGGCAAAGACAUGGACCAACGUGGGGCCACAGCGAAAAUGUGUGAUCACUAUCCUCAGUGAGCCAAGGAACAUUGGCAACUAUUUAUCUAUUAAUAAGAGUGUGGACUCCUGCUUCGGGUCAGACAGUUAUGUGACCUCACUGGAGCAUGUCCAGGCCCGGCUCACCCUGUCUUACAACCGAAGGGGAAACCUGGCCAUUCAUCUCAUUAGUCCUGCUCGCACACGCUCCACCCUGCUCCACCCCAGGCCUCAUGACUACUCGUCAGAGGGCUUUAAUGACUGGGCUUUCAUGACCACCCACUCGUGGGAUGAGAACCCCAACGGGGUGUGGACGCUGGAGAUAGAGAACGUAGCUGGUGCCAGUGACUAUGGCACUCUGACCCAGUUCACCCUGGUGCUGUACGGCACCGGCUCACCCUCUUCCAGCUCCUCAGAGGAGUCUCAGCCCAGCAACGGCAGCUGCAAGACCAUGGAUCUGAGGCUGGUGUGCAUUGAGUGCAACGCUGGCUACUACCUCCACCAGCAGGGCUGCGUGAAAGAAUGUCCAGCAGGCUUCGCGGUGGGCUCGCAGCCCCUCAACUACACAGUGGGGAACUUCGUAGAGCCAGCGUCCGUCCCGGCAUGCCUGCCCUGCCAGCCGCCCUGCCUCACCUGCAGCAGCCUGAGCCCGCAGACCUGUCUGUCCUGCCCCCCUCACAGCUACCUGGACCCCGUUUCUGGCACCUGCCUGCACCUCAACCAUUACAUGCGCGAGUCCCCCGGCAGCUUCAUGGUGGGCCAGGGGCCGGAGCGGUCGCAGUUCGAGCUGGGCUCCCAGCUGCCCAUCACCGUCGCCGUGCUCAGCUGCAUAGCCAUCAUCGCCACCUUCGCCGGCAUCUUCCUGCUGCUGCAGCUGCGCUCAGGCGCGCUCAUCAAGCUGCCCUCCCUGGAGGCCGGCGGCGGCUUGAGGGGCACCUUCAGCUUGGGGGGGAACCGGAUGGUGUCAUACCGCGGGAUCCCAACAGUGUGGGGAGACGACGGGGUGAACACAGACUCCGAAAACGAAGAGUUCGACGUCCACAACGAGAGGACUGCCUUUAUCAAAACACAAAGUGCUCUUUAAUAUCUCCACAACGUCCUCUCCUGCUUUUUAAAACCCUCUCACACCCACCCGUUUGAUAAUUCAGGGCCCUUUCACGGCCUCUUCCCCCUUUUAUCCUUUUUUUUUCUCUUUUUCUAUCUCAUCGGAUUCUCGAGUGUGUCCUGUUUCGAGAUCUGGUCUUCCAUUCUGCUGUGGGAGACCUGAUGGGAAGCUGCUUUCUCUUAAAGCUGGGGAUGGCCUGAGCUUUGCUCUAUCCACACUUGGGUGCAUUUUUAUUAAACUGGCUCUGCCCCCCACCCCCGCCCCCAACCCACUAACAGUAUCUUUCUGUUCGGUCUAUUUUCCCCUCCAGUUACAGCUUCUUUUUACAGUAAAAGCACAGUUUUUUUUCUCCCUCUUUUUUCUUUUAUUUUUUUGGUCUUUUUCCCCUCUUAUUAGUCUCGGUGCAGUAGCCAGAUGAGAUUGCUGAAUGUGAAAAGUUGAGAUGCUUGUUUGUGCUUUCACAAUUCUCAAUGAAGGAGUCUGCAUAGAUAAGUGUGUGGAUUUGGUGAUCAGCUAAUAGGUUAGUGUCCUUUUCAAAGGAGUUAGUCCGUUAGCAUAUUAACUAAAAAACAGCAAAAAUAAUGAGGCAUUCAAUUCAAUUGGGACAUCCGUUCUCUCCAAAGUGUCAUUUACUGACAGCAGCAUCUUGUCUGCCCACAAAGCACCACAUAUCUGUAGUAGUUCACUUUUUAAAGUGCGUUUGAAAGUGCACAAAUCAAGAGCUUAGUAGUAGAGAGAGAUGGUCAGGAUAUAUUAGGGACUGAAAUGGUUUCAAAUGAACAUCUCCAGUCAUAUGAACAGACAGGAUGGCAUCUCUGGAAGUGCCAUCUCAGCUGUUUUUCAAUUCAUAGCGAGACAGUUGUAGUAUCUCCCUUAAACAUAAUCCAUCUUUCAUCAAGCUGCUUCUUCACAUCCAGUGUAGUUACCCCCAGUGCUGAAAGAUCCCUCUCAGCUCUGAAGGAGCCGAGUGCGAGUCCCUCAGACAGCAGAGUAUCCCACAGCCAUUCGGGGUUUCUGAAACGGGCUCAUUCUAGUUGAUCAAACUAUAAAUUCUCCCGUUUUGAAAACCUCCCAUCCAGUACAGAGGGUAUCCAAAAAAGCAGAAAUGACAGCUAAACAACACAGACACACACACACAC